UUUAAAAGUUUUAUUUUCCCAGGAUUCAUUACUUUUAUUUUUCGAAAAAUAAAUAUUUUCUCCAUAAUGGAAUAUAAUAAUAGUGAAAUGUCUGAUAGUUCUUCCAAUUCCAAUGGUGCCAAUUUUCAAAAAGAAAAAUAUAAAUUAUCAAAAGAUUCCUUCUUUUCUUCACAUUCCAAAAAGGAUUUGGCAUGGUUAUAUGGUAAUAUGGAAUCUAUGAGGCUUAUUGUAGCUGAAAAACUUUAUCAUUUAUUUUCAACUAUUGAAUAUCGUGAUAUGCCAAUUAUUGAAAUUAAUAAAUGCAUUGACAAGUUUUGCAAAAAAAAUCCAUCCUUUCCAGAAACUGUUAGUGAUUGGGCGGAACGUGAGAUGAUUUGUCAACAUAUAAAUUAUAGACGGUCAAUUCUUAAUCUUAGUGAAAUGCAUAAGACAAAUAUUUCUGUUAAUAAAGCUAAGAUCCGAAAACCAAAUGGUAAUAGUAAAAGAGCCAAAAAAGGAAAUGAACUAUUAACAAAAAAUCGUGAACCAUUAUUGGUAUCCAACAGCCUGAAUAUAGAAAGUUUGGAAAGGCUUGAUAAUAAUAAAUCUUUACCGAGUAAGAAAUUAUUAGAAGCCGUUGAUGUCUCCCCAGCUUAUUCUAAACGUCCUGGCCAUAAACAUAGAAUAACACAAUCAUCUGAUAAAGAAGAAGCUAUUGAAGACGUUGAAGUUGUAAGAAUUCCUCCAGCAAAACAUCCUGGUCGUAAACGUAAGAUAACACAGCUAUCUGAUGAUGAAAAAGGUGUUGAGGACGUCGAAACUAUCAGAAUUCCUCCAGCAAAACAUCCUGGUCAUAAAACUAAAGUAGCACAACCACCUGAUGAUGAGAAAGGUGUUGAAGAUGCUGAAACUAUCAGAAUUUCUCCAGCAAAACGUCCUGGUCGUAAAACUAAAGCAGCACAACCACCUGAUGAUGAAAAAGGUGUUGAGUACGUCGAAACUAUCAGAAUUUCUCCAGCAAAACGUCCUGGUCGUAAAACUAAAGCAGCACAACCACCUGAUGAUGAGAAAGGUGUUGAAGAUGCUGAAACUAUCAGAAUUCCUCCAGCAAAACAUCCUGGUCAUAAAUGUAAAGCGGUAUAA